AUGGAAUUGCAGGAGACAGUGAAGGAUUUAGCCAAGGCCAAGAAGAAGUACUUUGAGGCUGAGCAGAUGGCACAUGCAAUGCGGGAGAAAGCCGACAUCGAUGCCAAAUCCAAACUUAGUUUGUUCCAAUCAAGGAUAAGUUUACAGAAGGCCAACGUGAAGUUAAAAGCUCGGAGACAAGAGUGUAAUGCGAAGGCCACUCAUUCCCGCAAUGACUAUCUCCUCACCCUGGCCGCUGCAAACGCCCAUCACGACCGCUACUACCAGACAGACCUGGCAAAUACCAUGAAGACACUUGACGGCAACGUAUAUGACCACCUAAAGGAUUACCUCAUGGCGUUCAACCGGACGGAGCUGGAGACGUGUCAAGCUGUCCAGAACACAUUCCAGUAUUUGUUAGAGACAUCUAGUCGGGUGAUGAGGGAUUACAACCUGCAGCUGUUUAUUCAGGAGAAUCCCGUAUUUCACAAAGCUCAGCCCUUCCAGUUCCAGCCAUGUGACAGUGACACGAGUCGGCAGCUGGAAUCGGAGACGGGCACCACGGAAGAGCACAGCCUGAACAAAGAGGCACGCAAGUGGGCGACCCGAGUGGCGAGGGAGCAUAAGAACAUCAUCCACAGCCAGCGUGCCCUGGAUGAUUUAGAGUGUCAGAGCACGCCGCCAUCAGAGCAAGGCCGGUUGGAACUGGAGCAGAAAAUCGAGGAAGCCAGAGAGAGUAUUCGUAAAGCAGAGAUUAUAAAGCUGAAGGCAGAAGCUCGCCUGGAUCUCUUACGGCAGAUUGGGGUGUCUGUGGACACGUGGUUAAAGAGCGCCAUGAACCAGGUGAUGGAAGAACUGGAGAACGAGCGAUGGGCCAGCCUUCCAACGAUGAUCAAUAAUGGAUCUUCGCACUUGGGAAAUCCAGAUCUGGAGAGAGACGAUGGUGAAGAGCUGGAAGACAGUAUGGAUGCCUUCGAUGACAGCAGCUCAAGUCCUUCUGGAACACUAAGGAAUUAUCCGCUAACCUGCAAGGUCAUCUACUCAUACCAGGCGUCACAGCCCGAUGAGCUAACAAUAGAGGAGCAUGAGAUGCUAGAAGUUAUAGAAGACGGAGACAUGGAAGAUUGGGUUAAGGCAAGGAAUAAAUCGGGUCAAGUGGGAUACGUGCCAGAAAAAUACCUCCAGUUUCCCACAUCCAACAGUCUGCUGAGCAUGCUACAGUCACUAGCUGCUCUUGACAGCCGAUCUCACACAUCCAGCAACUCCAACGACGCCGAGAUGGUCUCGGGAAGCACGAAUGGCGAUGCAAGUGUGUGUUUCGUGAAAGCACUUUAUGAUUAUGACGGCCAGACGGAAGACGAGCUGUCAUUUCCCGAAGGAGCCAUUAUCCGGAUCCUGAACAAGGAGAACCAGGACGAUGACGGCUUCUGGGAGGGAGAGUUCAACGGUCGCGUUGGCGUUUUUCCAUCAGUGUUGGUGGAAGAGCUGGCGGGGUCUGAGAACGGGGAUUCCCAGUGGAUAGAAGACAUUCAGGUAUCUCCUUUACCGAAACCCCAGACGUCCCUCCCUCCUCUGCCGCUCUACGACCAGCCUCCUACCAGCCCCAUAUUCAGUCCAGACAAGGCACGGGGCUCCCUAUACUUCCCCCGAUCCCCGUCUGUCACUGGUAAGGAGGAAAUGCUGCUAAAUGCACUGCUGAAGUACAUUUAUAAUAGUUGA